AGCGGCUUUUGGCGGGAAAAAGGCGCUUGGAACUUGGAUGCUGGCAGAGGAAAAAGAACGAAGAACGAAGGAAGACUCGGGAUGAAGGGGGAUGCUCGGGAACAAUAGUGGACCAUGACGACGUCUUUGAGAAGGCAUAUCCGUGUCCUCUGUCCCAGUUUGGAUCUCUUAGACGGAAAAAAUCAGUCGAUCCUAGUAGCGGGUGGCACAUAGAACAAAUAAUUACCAUGAAGCCUUUUCUGAUCCUCUUCGUUCUCCUCACCAUUGUGCAUGCCAAAACAGCUGAGAGACAUUCCAACUCCAAGAAUCGACAGCGAACUCAAAGAACCCCGUCAAUCGAGGUCAACUCAGCAACAAGUGGAUCAUCCAAAACGAUUGGACAUUCAGUAGAUUACGAUCACUUUUUGGAGGAAGGUUCAAUGUUGCCUUACUUUCCGGAAAAGGUAAACAAUGUUACAGUCACCAUCGGACAAAAUGCUGAACUCAGGUGCGCGGUUGACAAUCUCAAUAACUACAAGGUCGCUUGGGUUAGUGUGGAUUCUCAAACUAUUUUAUCAAUCCAUAAUAAUGUGAUAACCCGCAACCCACGGAUAUCCUUAUCCCGACCCUCAUCAAAUCAAUGGCAUUUGCAUAUCCAAAGGGCCAAGCAAUCUGAUAGAGGCUGGUACAUGUGUCAAAUUAACACUGAUCCCAUGGUACACCGCUCGGGUUAUUUGGAGGUGGUUGUUCCGCCUCGAAUUCUUAACAAGGAUGAUGAGGGAGAUUUGGUAGUGCGAGAAGGCGAUAAUCUAACUCUCUCCUGUGACGCCGUGGGUCAUCCUCGUCCUCACAUUGUAUGGAGGAGGGAAGAUAGCGAAGAUAUCAUGGUUGAGGGACGAAAAGCAGCCAUCGUCGAGAAUCGCACCUUGCGGAUCCCAAAGAUCAGUCGCUUACACAUGGCUGAUUAUUUGUGUGUGGCCUCCAAUGGAAUUGCUCCGUCGACGUCAAAGAAGUAUCGAAUCAAAGUUCAGUUUCCACCAAUGUUUUGGAUUCCCAGUCAGCUUGAAGGCGCCUAUGUGGGGCAAGAUAUCACACUGGAAUGCCAUUCGGAGGCAUUUCCCAAAUCCAUCAACUAUUGGAUCAAAGAAGAUGGCGCCAUGCUUAUUUCAGGGAAUAAAUACGAGUCGCUCAUCGUGGAUAGCGGAUAUAAGGUGUACAUGAAGCUCCGCAUUCGGAACGUGUCCAAGACCGACUUCAUGGAAUACAAGUGUGUGGCCAAGAACUCAUUGGGAGGAUCCGACGGUUCCAUAACAUUAUACGAGGUGAAGCCCCCGACAACCAUCACCACCCUAGCCACCACCACCACCACCACAACGGCCAAAAGUACUCAAGGAUGGUUCGAAGUCGACACAACCAGUGCAGCCGAUAGGCGACGCCUUAAGGAAAGACGAAAAGAGAGGAUAUUGGCCAAAAGGAGGAAAGAAGCUUCCCGCAGACAAAAGGAGCUUGUCACCUUUGAUGAGCCCACAACGGCCCCAGUUGACGAUGAAUACGAGGGACUCUUCGAAAAGUUUGGACUGGGCAAAGACAGCAAUAGCCGGGCCUCCACGGGAGUUCAUGGAAUCUCUGGAUCAUUCACGUUUUACUACGCUUACAUUUCAUGCACUUUUAGUGUCCUUAUGAUUGGACUGACUCAGCGCAGGGGAACUCAAGUUAUAUCAUUCGUAUAGCUGCACUUGUUAUAAACGGAACUAUGUGUCAUUCACUUUGUUGUCAGUUCAUCGUAAGUGACGAAAUUCAAUUCAUUGAUAAACCUGCGUCGAAUAAUAAAGAUCUCAUUUCUA